AACAAUACCCAUUAUCCAAAAGUUCGUCGAUGAUGUGAGAUGCAAUGAACCCGCUCCCCCCUAUACCCAAUCAAUCUGUUAGAUUAUCUGCCCACCUAGGUACCUACCUAUCCUGAGGUAGAUAUUUAACUAUGAAGGAUAGGUAAUCAGGUUAACUUACCCGUCACUAGUACUACUCCUUUCGUUGACCCAGUAGGAUUAUUCAUUUCCUUCAUCCUUAGGGCAUACCAAGAUAUCAAGAAGUGAAAUGGGUUUUUCUUGUAAUUGAUUGCUUGUUGGCUAUACGACGAUAUAAAGCGCCUCUACAAGUGAUUUGGAAAAGAGGGGGACAUCCGCCUUCUUUCACACCCUCUCCGGUGUUCCGACGCAUCUACCCCAAUCAACACCGAAAGAAUCAGUGUGACGUUGGCGCUCGUAGCAAAUACCUACGAUAAUUGUUAGCACACUGUGGCGGCUUUAAAGAUGGAUAGUGCUUAUCCUCGGUGCCUGCCUGAAUGAAUAAUAUCGUCCAGCCAAGCCUCCUAUCUCCUAUUGCUUUAUUGGAUACUGAGGAUUGAAACUGGCGGCAUUCCCUAUCUUAACUCCGGAUAUAUUUCUUCUCCCUCACAGAGCGCAAAUUGUUAAACACUCGUAUGGAAUUUUUGUCGAUAGACCGUUAUCGCAAUGUCAGUACCAAGAGACACGAAGCGCAUCCAUGUUGCUAUAAUUGGUGGUGGCAUCACGGGGGUUAUAUUAGCAUUGGGUCUGCAGAAACGAGGUGUUGACUACGUGCUUUAUGAGAAAGCUCCGGCGUUCACAGAGAUUGGAGCCGGUAUCGGCUUCAGUCCUAAUGCAGAGCGUGCUUUUACGGUCGUUGACCCUGAGGUAUACCGCAUCUACAAACAAGUCACGCCGCCAGCUGAAGGCGAGGAAUACUUCCAAUGGAUUAACGGCGAAACGAAUGAGCCCGCAGCAAGACUAUUGAUCGGUGUCGACUGUUUUCAAAAAGGUCGACGCUUCGACUUCCUAGAGGCAUGGUCUAACUUGAUUGAUAAACAUAGGGUCAAGUUUGGAAAGUCGAUAGUGUCGGCUACCCAAAACGAUAACGGGGAGGUAUCGUUGAAAUUCGGAGAUGGAACUGUCGAGAAAGCUGACAUCGUUAUUGGUUGCGAUGGCAUCCAUUCACGGAUCCGCCAACUCAUAUUGGGGGAAGAAAAUCCUGCAUCCUAUCCCUCAUAUACAAAUAAAUAUUGUUUUCGGGCUCUGGUUCCUAUGGACAAGGCCCGGGCAGUAUUGGGGGAGGAGAGGAGUACAGGCGGAGUGAGCUCGUUGAAUAGGCUCAUGUAUAACGGUCCAGGAGCGCAUAUUACUUACUACCCCGUUGCGAAAGGACAGUUCAUGAAUAUAUUGCUCGUCAUGUCUGACCCAAAUCCUUGGCUUACUGGCGACGGAAAACACACGGCUUUGGGAGAUAAGUCGGACGCUAUUCGCGCAUAUGCAGAGUGGCAUCCGUUUGUAAGAGCAAUAAUAGAUCUGCUACCUGACGAGUUGCAAAAGUGGGCUAUCUUCGAUAUGUUUGAGAACCCAGCACCACACUACAAUGUCGGUUGUAUGGCCAUUGCGGGGGACGCGGCUCACGCCGCUGGCCCUCAUCUCGGCUCGGGUGCUGGCUUCGGAAUAGAGGAUUCCCUAGUUCUAGCAAGCCUGCUUGAAGCCGUCGACACAAAGCUUGAGAGUCAGACCAACAAGACAAAGGCCGAGCUAUGCCAUGCUGCUCUCGUCGCGUAUAAUAAUGCUAGGUACGAUCGUACUCAGUGGCUCGUUGGCGCUACCCGGGAGGCUUGUGCGUUGUUUCACUGGCAAGACGAGAACGUAGGCGACGACUUUGGGAAGUUCCUCCCCGAAAUAAGCAAACGUUUUCAUAAAAUAUGGGAUAACGAUAUUAUGGAGAUGGUCAGAGAAGCACUGGCGGAAUUUGAUGAAACUUUAGAUGAAAAGCCAGAUGGGAAAACAUUGCUCCCCAACUGAAUCAGAAUCCAGAAGGCUAUCAGUUCAUAAAACAGGCACCUAACUUAAAAAGCUUACUGCCACUGCAAUUCAGCAAUUAAGUUAACUUCAAAAGUGUCCAAUUCAUUCAUCAUAUAUCUAUAACUGGGGUAUCUCAAAGUAUAGUUCUAAUAUGAAUAUUACAACUGGGUAGACCAUAUGCUACGUGCCUCUUACAUAUUUCG